AUGAAACUGAUAUUCCCAGCCACCACCACCACAGCGCUUCUUUGCUACCUUUUGCCGCUUUCAUUGGCAUUUCAGCUACCACCACAGGUUGCCAAGCCGUCGUCAUGCGAAUCGACCAUCAGUUGUGUCUUCAAGUUUGGUGGUUCCUCCUUGGCCGAUGCCAGUCGGAUUGAUUACGUUGCCAAUCUCAUCAAGGAUCAAAUUGCUGCUGGAAGCCAACCAAGAGCUGUCGUUUGUUCGGCCAUGGGCAAGACUACCAAUAAUUUGUUGUCGGCAGGAGAAUUUGCAUUAGAGGGCAAAGUCAAUGUCGAAGCGAUUCGCACAUUGCACAGCAAUACCAUGGACACAUUUGGAUAUCCCAAUUCUACCCGCGAUGACGUCAAUGCGUUGCUGAACGAAUGCGAACAAAUGUUGACGGGCGUCAAAAUGAUUCAAGAAUUGUCCCCCAAAUCCUUGGAUCAAUUGGUGAGUUAUGGCGAACGAUGUUCGGUCCGCAUCAUGGCGCAACGAUUGAAUCAACUCGGUGUUCCAGCCCAAGCCUUUGAUGCUUGGGAUGUCGGCAUUUUUACGGAUUCUCAAUUUGGGGAUGCCAAACUCAAACCGGAUUACGAAGAGACCAUUCGCAAGGCAUUUUCGAGGAUUGACAACAAUGUGGUGGCCGUGGUGACUGGAUUUAUUGGACAUGACGACUCUGGCAGGAUUACUACCUUGGGACGCGGAGGAUCGGACUUGACGGCGACGGCUUUGGGAGCUGCCUUGGGAUUGGACGAAAUUCAAGUAUGGAAGGACGUCGAUGGAAUCUUGAGUACGGAUCCCCGAUUGGUUCCCCAGGCGAUCCCCUUGGAUCAAGUCAGUUUUGAAGAGGCGAGUGAAUUGGCGUAUUUUGGUGCCCAAGUGUUGCAUCCCAUUGCCAUGCAACCGGCCAUGAAGUGCGACGUCCCAGUCCGUGUCAAGAACUCGUACAAUCCUUCGGCCGUGGGAACCAUUAUCAAGCAAGAAAAGUCAAGCGCUAGUCGAUUGGUCACGGCCAUUACCUUUAAGCGUGGGAUCACGGUUCUAGAUAUCUGUUCCACUCAAAUGUUGGGUGCCUAUGGUUUUUUGGCUCGCGUCUUUGCCGAAUUCGAAAAGCACAAGUUGUCGGUCGAUGUCUUGGCCAGUUCCGAAGUUUCUGUCUCGUUGACGUUGGAUAAGAAGCAAGAUACGUCGGAGAUUAAUCAAUUGAUUUCGGACCUGGCAGAUUGUUCGGAAAUUUCUCGCAAGGACGACAUGAGUAUUUUGACAUUGAUUACCGAUAUAAACAAGUCAUCGGAAGUCUUGGCCACGGCCUUUCGAGUAUUCGCCGAACAGGGUAUCAUGGUGGAGAUGAUGUCCCAGGGAGCAUCCAAGGUGAAUAUUUCCUUUAUCAUCAAGUCAUCCAAGCUGGAAGAUGCGGUCAAGCAUCUGCAUGCAUGCUUUUUUGAAGAAAACUGUAUUGCCGCAUAG